UGAGAAAUUUCUGAUUGGAAGAGGCAUACAUGGAAGUGUUUACAGGGUUGAUACAGGGUUGAGACAGCAUCAGCAAAAGUUUGGGCUGUAAAAAAGGUGGAUAUGUCAAAAAUCAGCUUCACCACGGAGAUCAAGACUCUUGGUUCAGUAAGGCACCGGAAUUUGGUGAGAAUGGCUGGACAUUGUAUAAGAAAUGGCAUUGGGUUGAUAGUUUAUGAGUACAUGCCUAGAGGGACGCUAUUCGAUCUACUGCACCAGAAGAAACCAAUUAUGGAAUUGGAUUGGAAUGCCCGGCAUCGUAUUGCUGUUGGAAUCGCCCAGGGUUUGGCUUACCUUCACCAUGACUGCAUACCACAGAUCAUUCACAUGGACCUCAAGUCUAACAAUGUCCUGAUGGACUCUGAAUUGGAACCAAAGAUUGGAGAUUUUGGGAUGGCCAAGUUAAUGAUCAGUUCAAGUGAUUCAUUUGCUAGUUCAAAGUCCUCGAUUGUGGGCACAAUCGGUUACAUUGCACCAGAAAAUGGAUAUUCCAUGCGAUUAACCGAGAAAUGUGACGUUUAUGGUUAUGGAGUAAUUUUGCUGGAGCUUUUAUGUAGAAAAAUGCCAGUUGACUCGAGUUUUGAAGAUGGUCUCGAUAUUGUUUCCUGGUCGAAGAAGAAGUUGCAGGAAAACGAGGAUCCGUUCUUUGUUUUGGAUAUUGAGAUGUUCUACUGGAGCAAAAAAGAAAAAUUAAAUGCUGUGAAACUACUCGAAUUAGCUUUGUCCUGCACCCAAUCCCUACCUGAUGCAAGGCCCUCUAUGAGAGAAAUUGUUGGCGAGCUCAUGAAGUUGAGUAGCGGAAUAAGAAGGGGGUCUAAACGCAGCAGAAAGGAUUCUCUGGCUUCCCCAUAAAAAUCAAACUCUUAUAAAAUCUAAAAUGUCUAAGACUUUAAGCAUCAGUGAUGGUCACUAACUACUUUUUUUCCUUGAAUAUUGCAUUAGUAUCAUAGUACGGUACAAAAUAACCCACCAGUAGCGAAAAGGAAACUCUCAGUGCACUGAUGUGGAGGCCAGAAAUGCAAGUGCACCAACAAGAGGGGCAUUGAUAUAAGUUGCUGGCUCCGAUUGCUGAUAGUUAUUCCUGUCGUCUGAAAAUUCAUCUCUGUUGUCUGGUCCACCCAAAACAGCACCAACCAAUAUGUUGGGAUUGGGCAUGUUCGAGUAGAGAUAUUGGAAACCGUCAUUACAUGGUAUGGAAUCAGGGUGGGCAUGAACUGAUGGCAAUGACGAGCCUCUGUGGUGAACAUGUUGCGGAUAUCUAUUCCCAAAGCCCACCAUAAACGAGAGUUUCGAUGGGUUUUGUCCUAAGAUGUAAUCGACCUGGCUCUUGGCCAGUGAGAUUAGUUUCUGAGUUGUGAUUGCAGAGUUUCCACAAUAAGCUGCUGCCCCUGAAGAGCUCAAGUAUUUGGCAUAUGCGAUCAAAAGGAAAGCUGUGGAGGUCACAUACUGUAGGUUGCUUUCACUUUCCUUGUAAAGAAGACCCCCUGCCAAUAUGUAUCUAGUUUUAUAAUGAAAAAGCAGAAUUAUACCAUGAUACAGUGCACUUUUUUUUCUUUU